AUGCUUAAAGUGAGAUAUGAGAAGUUAAACGAUAUAAGGAAGGAUGAUGAAAUAUUAAAUAUUUCUUUUGUAGCACAUCCAUGUUAUUAUUCAGUGUUAGAUUUAGAAGAAAGAGAAUUAUUUAAUAAAAGAAUUUAUGAAAAUUUUUGUAAGGUGGCUGAAAGGGUUGAUAUAUAUGAUAAGAAUGAAUAUCUAAGUGUUUAUAGAAGACAUGAUAAGAAAUGUAGAGAAUUACAUAUGCUAAAAAGUUGGGAGUUAUUAAAGAAUACAUAUAGAUAUAAGAUGCCUGUAAUAUUUAAAAAUUUAGAAGAUUUUGAUUUAUAUAAUAUGGAGAAGAUAAGUUAUUAUUCAAUUAAUUAUAAUAAAAAAAAAGGAUCAAAAGGAAAUAGUUAUGUUGUUCGAAAUAAGAAGAAAAUAAAUAUGAUUGAGAAAGAAAAAUGUUUUAUUUUAGAUAAUCAUAUGAUAUAUUCUAUGACACCUGAGUAUAUAGCCAAAAGUAUUAGUAAAAAUAUAUUAUUGAAUAUGAAUUAUAUAAAGAAGGGAUGUAAAAAAUUAUUAAGUAUAAAAGAGUAUAAUAAAAAUAGUAAAAAUCAGGAUAAAAUUAAUGAUAAUUUAUAUAAUUACAAAUUGGAUGAUUAUUAUAAUGAUAAUAUGAAUUAUAAAGGUAGUAAUAUUUCUAAGAGAAAAAAUUUUUAUCCUAUUAAUAAAAAAAGAAAGAUAGAACCCAUUUUGAAUAGUAAUAAAAGGUUUCCUAUUGAUAGAAAAAAAAAAAUAUUAAUUUAUUUAGACCCUUUUGCUGGUGCAGGAGGGAAUUGUAAUCACAUGAAUGAGAUAUUUACAAUUGGAUGUGAUAUUAAUAUUUAUAGAAUAAAACAAUGUCAGCAUAAUUGUAAGUUUUAUAAUAAGAAUGUGGAUUUUAUUUUAUGUGAUUUUUUUAAUCUAAUUACUCAUUUUAGAAAGGAUACAAUUGAUGUUAUAUUUUUUAGUAUACCUUGGGGUGGACCAAAAUAUAAGAAUAAAAAAAAUUUUAAACUAAACUCUGAAAUAAUAAAUAAUAUAAGUGUAUAUAAAUGUAUUGAAGUUUCUAUAGAACUAACUGAAAAUUUAAUUUUCUAUCUUCCAAGAAAUGUCUGUAUGAAGGAAUUAUAUUAUUUGUUUGAGUAUUAUAAAAAAUUAGUAAGUAAUAAAAAAUAUAUAAAUUUAAAAAAUCAUGAUAUUUCUAAAUAUGAUAUAAAAGAAAAAGAUAUGAACAUAAUAAGUAAUGAUAAAUAUUAUGAAAAUGGUAGUAAAUUACAAAAUAAUAAUAAUAAUAUGUUAUUAGAAUUAUAUAUAAAUCGAACUAGAUGUAAUUACGAAAAAAAAGAUGAUAAUAGUUUAAAUAAUUUUUUUUAUUUUUUAAAUCAAAAAUGUAAUAUAUAUGAUAAUAAAUUUAUUUUUUCAAAUGUGCAAAAUCUUUUUCAUAUUAAUAUUGAUCAUUGUUAUAAUAUAUUUAAUUCUUCUAUGAGUGACAAAACAUUUAUUCAAAGAGAAACAUAUGGUGUACUUGAUGAAUGCUUAUAUGAUAAUAUUAUAAAUAAUAGUAAUGAGCAUAUGAUUGAAAUAUAUGAUUAUAAUAAUAACCUAUAUAGUUAUGAUAAUAAUGUUGAGGAUGAAAAGAAAGAAAUAAAAGAAAAUAAAAAAUAUUCAAUUAAUUAUUAUAAUAAGAAUGAUAUAGAUACAAAUUAUGCUGCUAAUAAGAAAAAGAUGAAAAAGAAAAAUAUAUGGUCGUGGCAUAAUACAUGUAUGGUUUUAUAUCUUGGUAAUAUAUCUUCAAAUAUUAGAAAUCGAAAAAUUAUAAACAUUAAAGAUAUGUAUUAUAUUGAUAAGAAAUUAUCAAAUAUAUUAAUAGAUAUACAAAUUGAUAAGAAUAAAUGUAAGCAUUUUUUUUUUUCCUAUAACAAUUUUGUUAAUAGUCAAAAAAAGAAAGUUUUUUUUGAUAUCUAUCAAAAUAAAAACAAGUUAUUUAAUAAUAUGUUUUAUAUAAAUAAAAAUGAGCUAAUAAUAAAAAAAAAAUAUUUAAUUAAGGAAAAUAACAUUUUAUAUAUAAAUAUUUUUAUUAUGAAAAAAUUAUAUAAUAUAAUUGAAAAAAUAAUAUUACUUUUUUUUAAGAAUAUAAAAAAUAUGAUAGGUUAUAACAAAAUAAGUUUCUUAAAUAAAAUAUGUAUACAAUUACAAAAUGUAUAUCAUGAUAAAAUAUUAACACAAUAUAUUGAUAAACAUGUUGAUAUUAAAAAAUAUGAAACGUAUAUUUAUAAGGAUGAUGAUAAGAAAAUACAAUUAUGUUAUAUACAUCUAUUUGAUUAUUUUAAUAUUAUAAUAAAAAAAAUUAAGAAAGAAUUUAUUUUGUUGUUUAGUAUAUAUUUAUAUGAUAUAUCAUAUAUGAAAUAUUAUUUUAGACACAAGAAUGUUAAUAUACAAAAAAAAAAAAAAAAAAAAUUUUUUUCUACACAAUGUUUAAAAAAAAUUCAUUAUAAUAUAAUAAGAAUAUUAUUUAAUUUCUUAUUAUAUAUGAAAAUAUAUUUGAAUAUUGUAUCUAAUAAUAUAAAAUUGGAGAAUUAUUUUGAUCAGCACUUUGUUUUAGAUAAUAUGAAUAUAGACAAUAUAACUAAUAACCUUUUAAAUAGGUUUUUUUUGAUAUAUUCUUUGAGAAAAGAAAAAAACACAAAUUAUAAUUUUAAAACAAAUAAUGUUGUUACGCCAUAUGUAGAUUACUUUAAAAACUUUAUAAAAUAUAUAAUCCAUAUAUCUAUUAAUUUAGAGUUAAAAGAAAAUAAUGAAGAAAAAACAAUAUCUAUGAAUCAUAUGAGUAAUUUUUUUUUUCGUUCUUUAUUUAAUAUAGAAAAAAGGGUUCAUAUACUUAUAAAUAAGCUGAAUAAUAAUAUAAAUAAUAAUGAGGAUGAUAUAAAAUAUUAUAAAUAUAAUUUAUAUUUGUUUUUAAUUCAUUUUUUUACAAAACAAUUUUUAUAUAAUAGUCACGUUAAUAUAAAUCUGGAUUAUUUUAACACCCUCCUUUUUUUUUAUUUAAAUCAGGUAUAUAACUUGUCAAAGCAUCAAGAGGGCUACAUAAAUAUAUUUCAUCAUUUUCUGAAUAAUUUUUUAUAUAAAAACUUUUUCCUAAAAAUAAAAUAA